AUGGCUAUCCUUCUAACAAACAUAGUUGACAUCGUGCUCUUUGCAUUAAAGGUUUCUGCUUCUAUUGAGAGCAAAUCAUUGUCAAUUAUUGCCUCAAUCUUGGAUCCAUUCCUUGAUCUCUUGUGGGGAUUUAUAUUGUGGCUUACGUCUCAUGCUAUGCAAAACCCAAACCCGCAUAAGUAUCCCAUUGGAAAGAAACGGAUGCAGCCAGUGGGAAUGAUUGUUUUUGGUUCUUUUGGAUUACAAUUAAUGUUUCUGGCAGCUAAGCAAUUCAUUACAAAGUCCGAGCCUGAAAAGGAUCCUCAGAAGGAGAAAUGGAUGAUUGGAGUAAUGACCUUUGUAACUGAUGAGGAUAAAAACACUGGCAAGGGUGACGGCACGUGCCUGACAAGGGUGACGGCAGGUACCUGA